ACGGAGGAAGCACUUGCCUUCCACGGCACUACCACCACCAGUACACGCGCCAGCUUCUCGGUUCUCGCCUAGGAGCAACAACAAUGGCCAUCACUUCUCUGCAGCUGCCCUCUCAGAUCCACGGCCUUACUCCUGCUAGAAAUGGGCGCACCCGCACAAGGUCACGGGCUACUCUGCUUAGCUGCAAACACAACCAGUCAACCAUUGUCCAAGUAGCCAGCAGGACAUCCCGCAGAGGUACCCUGGCAUACAUUUCGUCUGCCUUCUUUGCAAUGUUCCUGGUGGCUGAACAUGCUGAAGCUAGAACCUCCAGACAAGAGAACAAGAGGAAAGUAAUGGAGAAGUUGGAGAAGGUCCGGGAGGAGGCCCUGAGCUCAAAGGAGAAGAAAGAGGACACGAGCAAGGAGUCUGUGGCGAACUUGUUGAUCCCUCCUACUUUGGUCGAUGCUUACAUCUGAAAGGCAUCGUUUCGUUGUAAAUCUUAUGUUUAUGCUAAGUGCUAUACUUAACACUAUUCUGAAUGUACUAAUAACAAUUGGAACCAAGCAACCUUGCAAAAGAACUUUCCUGUUCCUCGCUGCA